AGGACAGAGAAAGAAGCUGUUACAAACAGUUCUGAAGACUUUGAAGCACAGCCACAGCACUGAGGUCUCUGACUGACAAGCCUUCUUCUUUCUCCUUCUUACAGGGCUCCUCCUACAGAUGUUCUGAACACGUCUGCAUCCCAGCAAUUUUUUGCUGCACCCAGGUCUUGAAAAAAAGAGCUCAAGCACUUCUAGAUCAGUCGCUUCAUUGAAAUACUGGAACUACUAUGAAGUCUUCUUGGUUUGCACUCAUCUUGGCGGUACUCAGUACUGAAUUGCUAACAAGUCACUGUUCCACCAUCAAGUCCCCGAGGUUCAGAGGACGUGUGCAACAAGAGCGAAAAAACAUCAGACCAAAUAUCAUCCUUGUACUCACAGAUGAUCAAGAUGUGGAGCUAGGGUCCUUGCAAGUGAUGAACAAGACCAGACGGAUUAUGGAGAAUGGAGGGGCUUCUUUUAUCAAUGCAUUUGUAACGACUCCAAUGUGUUGCCCAUCGCGUUCCUCCAUGCUGACUGGAAAGUAUGUGCACAACCACAACAUAUAUACCAACAAUGAAAACUGCUCUUCUCCCUCAUGGCAGGCUACUCACGAGCCACGUACCUUUGCCGUGUAUCUCAAUAACACUGGGUACAGAACAGCUUUUUUUGGGAAAUACCUCAAUGAAUACAAUGGCAGCUACAUCCCUCCUGGGUGGAGAGAGUGGGUUGGAUUAGUGAAGAACUCUCGCUUCUAUAAUUACACCAUUUCUCGCAAUGGUAACAAAGAGAAGCAUGGAUUUGAUUAUGCAAAGGACUACUUCACAGACCUAAUCACUAAUGAGAGCAUUAAUUACUUCAGAAUGUCUAAGAGGAUAUAUCCCCAUAGGCCUAUAAUGAUGGUCAUCAGCCACGCUGCACCCCAUGGCCCCGAGGAUUCGGCACCACAGUUCUCAGAGCUCUACCCCAACGCUUCACAGCAUAUUACUCCCAGCUAUAACUAUGCACCAAACAUGGAUAAGCACUGGAUCAUGCAGUACACGGGGCCCAUGCUGCCUAUCCACAUGGAGUUUACAAACGUCUUGCAACGCAAAAGACUCCAGACCUUGAUGUCAGUUGAUGACUCUAUGUUAUACCAAAUGCUUGAAGAAAUGGGAGAACUGGAGAAUACCUACAUUAUUUACACUGCUGACCAUGGUUACCAUAUCGGGCAGUUUGGACUGGUCAAGGGGAAGUCAAUGCCAUACGACUUUGAUAUUCGAGUUCCUUUCUUUAUUCGUGGUCCAAGUGUAGAGCCGGGAUCAGUAGUGCCUCAGAUAGUUCUGAAUAUUGAUCUCGCUCCAACAAUUCUGGAUAUAGCAGGACUUGACACACCUCCAGAUAUGGACGGCAAGUCUGUCCUGAAGCUUCUGGACUUGGAGAGACCAGGAAACAGGUUUCGAACAAACAAGAAGACCAAAAUUUGGCGUGACACAUUUCUGGUGGAAAGAGGCAAAUUUCUACGCAAGAAGGAGGAACCCAACAAAACCACCCAGCAGUCUAAUCAACUACCAAAAUAUGAGAGAGUAAAAGAAUUAUGCCAACAAGCAAGAUACCAGACAGCCUGUGAACAACCAGGACAGAAGUGGCAGUGCACAGAGGAUGCUUCUGGCAAACUUCGAAUUCACAAGUGUAAGGUAUCUAGCGACAUACUUGCCAUCAGAAAAAGGACCCGCAGCAUACACUCCCGGGGAUACAGCAGUAAAGACAAAGACUGCAACUGUGGAGACACUGAUUACCGAAACAGCAGGACCCAAAGAAAAAAUCAAAGACAGUUUUUGAGAAACCCUAAUGUGCAAAAAUACAAACCCCGAUUUGUUCACACUCGCCAAACCCGGUCCUUGUCCGUGGAAUUUGAAGGUGAAAUAUAUGACAUAAAUCUGGAAGAGGAAGAACUGCAGGUGUUAAAGACCAAAAGUAUCACCAAGCGUCACAAUGCUGAAAAUGAGGGACAAGCAGAGGAAACCGAUGGUGCUCCUGCUGACACAAUGAUCGCUGAUGGCACUGAUGCCACAGGUCAACCCAACUCUGUCAGAGUGACACACAAAUGUUUUAUUCUUCCAAAUGACACUAUUCACUGUGAGAGGGAGCUGUACCAAUCUGCCAGAGCCUGGAAGGACCACAAGGCUUACAUUGAUAAGGAGAUUGAAGCUCUCCAAGACAAAAUUAAGAAUUUGAGGGAAGUUAGGGGACAUCUGAAAAGAAGAAAACCAGAUGAAUGUGAUUGCAGUAAACAGAGCUAUUACAACAAAGAGAAAGGGGUAAAAGCCCAAGAGAAACUCAAGACCCAUCUUCAUCCCUUCAAAGAAGCAGCACAGGAAGUGGAUGGCAAACUGCAGCUGUUCAAAGAGAACCGGAGGAGGAAGAAGGAAAGGAAGGGGAAAAAGCGCCAGAAGAAAGGAGAUGAGUGUAGUCUUCCUGGACUGACGUGUUUUACCCACGACAACAACCACUGGCAAACAGCACCGUUCUGGAACUUGGGCUCUUUCUGUGCUUGCACGAGCUCAAAUAACAACACUUACUGGUGUUUGCGAACAGUUAAUGACACCCACAAUUUUCUCUUUUGUGAAUUUGCAACUGGCUUCUUGGAAUAUUUCGAUAUGAACACUGAUCCCUAUCAGCUGACAAAUACAGUACACACAGUGGAAAGAGGCAUUUUGAAUCAAUUACACGUACAGCUAAUGGAACUGCGAAGUUGUCAAGGUUACAAGCAGUGCAAUCCGAGGCCAAAGGGACUUGAAACAGGAAAUAAAGAUGGAGGAAGCUAUGAUCCACACAGAGGACAGUUAUGGGAUGGAUGGGAAGGCUAACCUGCCCAGUUUCACUGGCAACAUCGAGUGGCAAGGACUGGAAGACUUGUACAGUGUGAAUGAAAGCAUAUAUGAAUACAGACACAACUAUAGACUUAGUCUGGCUGACUGGACUAAUUACUUGAAGGAUGUAGAUAGAAUGUUUGCACUGCUGAACAGUUACUACCAGCAAAAUAAAACAGACAAGGCUAACACUGCUCAAAGCAACAGGGAUGGGGACGAAUCAUCCACAUCCUUUACCUUGGUGGAAAUGACUUCUGCUGAAGAAUCGAGCGGCCUGCCUGCAGAAGAGUUGCAGCUUAUUGUGCCAACGGACUUUGCAGCCCUCGCUUUGAGCACAGUGAAUUUAAGUCAGGAGAGGAAACUUGAAUUAAACAAUGAUAUUCCUGAGAAAAGUCAUUUGAAUGACGCACACUGGAGAAAUAAUCAUCAAGCUGAAAAAUGGACAGAGGAUAAAGAAUCGGACCUUUUUGACAUGGAUUUCAGUGGAAACGGUUUGAUAGAGUUGGAGUCUCGGCAUAGUUUCAUGCUACAACCCAUCAGCAUUUCUGAAAAAGACACUCAUCAGGACAGUGAUGCUGUCGAAGAUAUAUUUAAAGAUCAAAUAUAUCUUCCCGUGAGGUCCAAUGAACCCCUUGUUCAUCAGGCUGUAAACGUAUCCGUUAGGAAUUCAUCUAUCAGUACCCAGAAAACAGGAACUUUCUUAAAAAAAAUGGAACAUAGUCUUGCAAGGGAAACUUCACAAAUCCAAAAUGCAGAAGGCAGUGCCUCAGCUCCACUCUCCUUGGAUUAGAUCAAGUUGUAAACCAUUAAAUAAGUUCUCCUUUU